AUGAAGAAAGCGAGGGUUCUGCUAAAACCCUCUUUCCUCCCCAGUUGCUUAACCAAAGCCACGACCUUCUUCUCCUCUGUUUCUCAGGUCCACUCUCACUCUCGCCACAAGGAGAUGGAUCCUUCGGAAUCGGAGCGUUACUGUUAUGAUCCAGUGUUGCGAUGGAAUCCUGAAGUUGAAGACUACUUCAAUAAAGCUUAUGGACCAGACCACUUUGCUCGCAUUUCAAAGGCUCUCACGCGCCCAUCUUCCUACUCCUGCAUUCGGGUGAACACAGUUAAAACAACAAGUGACGCGGUUAUUGAAAAGCUUACCAAAAUCUUAAACGACUCCGAGGAUAGCUUGAAGCUAGUGCAAUCCGAUGGAAGUAGUCCCAUCUCCAAGUGUCAGAUUCCUGGUUUGGAAUAUGUUGUUUUUGUCAAUGGUUCAGGGCCACAUAGAAUCGAAUAUGACUCUGGCCUUGAAAACCCUCCCAAAGAGGUGCUUGUGAGCAGGAAGUGUGCUGAAGCUGUUCUUAGAGGAGCCCAGGUCUAUGUUCCAGGUGUACUGGCUUGCACUGCCCAUGUUGAGAAAGGAGACGCAGUUGCUGUCUGUGUUGCUAUGGAACAACCUGGGGAUGAAGGUGACUGGAGCGUUAAUAUGACUCGCGGGACCACCCUUCAGGGUCUUCCGACAGGCAAGAAUCAGAUUUGUUCCUUUUACUUUGGUCACAUAUCAUAUGGACUUGUUAUUGUAGAUCCUUUCUAUUGUGAACGCAGUGGACUAUAUAUCGGCAUGGGAACAACUAUGUUGUCAAGGGCUGGGAUGUUUCGUGUUUCUCAUGGAGUUGCGGUGGAUUUGAGCAAUAGAGUUUUCAGAUUGCCUUCUCUCCACAAUGUCCUCGAGGGGGAAAUAUUUCUUCAAAACCUGCCAAGUAUUGUCGCUGCUCAUGCUCUUGAUCCUCAGAAAGGGGAGAGAAUAUUAGAUAUGUGUGCAGCACCUGGAGGGAAGACCACUGCAAUCGCUAUACUUAUGAAGGAUGAGGGAGAGAUAGUGGCAGCAGAUAGAUCUCAUAACAAAGUGCUGGAUGUCCAGAAAUUGUCUGCAGAGAUGGGCUUAAGUUGCAUAACAACAUGCAAAUUGGAUGCGCUAAAAUCUGUUUGUCUUCCAAACACACUCGAUGAUUCAAACACAAUAGUUGACGGUGAUAUUAGUGGUUCUGUGACCAGCCAUACUGAAUUAUCAUCAAAUGAGGAAAUGGCAUUUGAUGCUUUUAAAAGAUCUGAGGCUGAAAAAUCGUGUAAGGAAACGGCCAGCAGUGAACAGCCAAAUGGAGGGGAUAAUGUUAGCCAAGCUGAAACGAGGAAGAAUAAGGGGAGGCUGAAAAAUGGUCGCGGAAGAACUCAAUGCCAAGGUGGAAGGGCUGGAAAAUCACAAGGGUUCCCGCCUAAUAGUUUUGAUAGGGUCCUUUUAGAUGCUCCUUGUUCUGCUCUUGGCUUGAGGCCUCGUCUUUUCGCUGGACUGGAGACUGUAAUAUCUUUGAGAAACCAUGGAAGGUACCAGCGGAAGAUGUUAGACCAGGCUGUUCAAUUGGUUCGCGUUGGUGGAAUUCUCGUAUACUCAACAUGCACAAUUAACCCUAGCGAAAACGAGGCUGUGGUUCGCUAUGCUCUAGAUAAAUACAAAUUUCUUUCAUUAGCACCACAGCAUCCUAGGAUUGGAGGACCUGGUCUGGUUGGUCGAUGUGAAUUUCCCGACGGAUAUAUCGAGGAGUGGUUAAAACCUGGUGAAGAAGAAAUGGUUCAGAAAUUCGACCCGUCAUCUGAGCUUGAUACCAUCGGCUUCUUUAUAGCUAAAUUCAGCGUCGGCUCCAAAGAUUAA